AUGGCUCAAACUCUAUAUUUCCCUCUUCUCCUCAUUGCUCUCUGCUCCAUAUCUGAAUGUGUUCAGCGUCAGUAUCACUUUAUAAAUGAGGAGAAGAAGCAGAAUGAAGCUCAGAGAUACUGCAGAGAGAAAUACACAGAUCUGGCCACUGUUGACAACAUGAACGACAUGAUCCAGCUGAACAAGUGUGUGAAUAAUGGAUGUGUCUGGAUUGGUCUUCAGAAGACGAGUCAUUACAAAUGGCAUUGGUCUUCAGGUGAUCCUGCGCUCUUCCUAAAAUGGGCAUCAGGACAACCAGAUGGCAAUGCUGAUUGUACUUUUAUAAGAAAUGGACAGUGGCAUGAUUGGCCAUGCACAAAGACGUGUUGCUUUAUCUGCUACAACCAUAAACUGAUUGUGAUCCAGCAGAAUCUGUCGUGGUCUGAAGCUCUGAGAUACUGCAGACAGAAUCAUGUGGAUCUGGUCUCGGUUCAGUCAGUGGAGAUGCAGCGUCGUGUGAUGAACGUGGUUAAACUGGCAUCUACUGAGGCGGUGUGGUUGGGUUUGCGUUACUCCCACAUUUUGGGCAUCUGGUUCUGGGUGAGUGGAGAGACCGUGUGCUAUCAGAACUGGGCUCUAGGGAACGGCACAUCAGAGGAGGACUGUGAGCCCACAGUGAGAUCUGGAGCAGUUCAGUCUAGAGGAGAUCAGAGCUGGAUCAGCCGUCCUGAAACUGACAGACUCAACUUCAUCUGCAGAAACUACUGAGAGUGAAGGACCUGUGUUUGAUUGUUUCAAACAAUUAAUGAUUUAUUUUUUGUACUGUUUAUAUAAUGUAUUGUUUAUUUUAAAAAGUAAUGGAAAAUUCUUUCAUUUAAACACAUACUGCAUGUAACAUUUAAUUGGAAAUUUAAAUUUACUUUUCUCUGUAUAUAUUUUUUGAAGAGCCCAUGUGUUGUGAUCGCCAGCUGGAGAUUGCUUCCUGUAUUCCUGCCGAACUACAUCUCCUAGAAGUCAAUGUACCAAACAACUCCUUCCACAGCUGACAAUAUUCUGAACACACAUAUACACACAACUGAAGCUCAUCAUCAUUGAUUAUAUGGACUAUUUAUAAGCCUCAAUUUCUCGCACAUUUUGCUAAAUCUUGUUAAUCAGCAUUUCUAAGCGCUUCUUUGUCCUGCAUGAUUGUUUUUUUUGUUUUUUUUUUUACCUUUGUUUUGUUUAUCGUUUAUGCUGUUAUGCUUCCUGUCCUGACCAGUUGCCUGUUUAUAUCUACUACUCUGGAUUAUUAUUAUUAUUAUUAUUAUUAUUAUAAUAAU